AUGCGGCGGCUUCAACUUUUUGGCCGCGCCAGAGACGAGCCAGUUCCUACAACAGAGCUUCAAAACGUACGGGCAAGAGCAUACCAUAACACUCGGAUCCAGAGCGAUCCGGACCCCAAGGGACUGUUAUCUCUGUCUCCUGGGAUAUUAGACCAAGUACUGCGACUGCUCGACGUGUCUACUCUGCUGUCGCUGUGUUUGGUCAAUUCCAAACUCUAUAACAUCAUCAGCAACAAGUUCCUAUACCAAAACGUCGUUCUUCAGGACAAACUGGCACUGUUGCAAUUUGUGGCCCUCAUCCACUGCGAGACUCACACAUCAGAUGCGCUGACUGAGCCGCGGGCUGGAGUAUCGUCUCAAAAUCUGCGAUUUUUGGUUCGAUCAGCCGAAUUCGUAAACCCAGUGUACCAGGACUCCGUCCUCAAGUAUGGCAAGUAUUGCAGCAAGGAUCAUUCCGAGACCAUCGGCAGCUCAUACCGCUUGUUCAACGACCCGCACAAAAUGCAGAGCUUCGUGCGAGAGAAAUCGCCCGAGGUUGCGCCCUCGAUAGAACGCGGGCGCUCUCCUGUCAAUGGUAAACGUUUAAGAAAUAGGAGUCUGACUCGGUCUCUUAGCAGACACAAGUCACCACCACGUAGGUCGUUUUUCGAUCUGUCGUCAAACUCUCGGUCUAAAACCAUGGCAAAAUACGAAAACCAUACUUACCUCGAGUUAAUGUUGGACAUCAUCGAUUUCUGUCCCAACCUCACGCAUAUCGUACUGAGCGGUAUUCAGCAGGGCUUUAAGAUACCGCUUUGGUACUCAGUUCUUAAUGAUGGCUCCAAAGACUUCUACAAGAGAAUUAUCAAGGGACAACAGUCUUUGAAUAGAGAUGACCUGAUGAGCUUUGAAUUCUCCGCCGAAUGGCUUUCCAACUAUGAAGAAAAGUAUCAUAACCUACCUCGCUUCAAAAAACUCGAGUUUCGGGCAGCGAGCGACAAAGCUCCUGUGCACUUGCGCUCGAACAUGCUCAGUUGCUUCGGUAUAUUCGACGAACUGAUACUACAGAACAUGGUCAUAGAUGCAGAAUCGUUGGAUGCGCCCUUUGAGUAUGUGCCCCUGUAUAUGCGGGUUGGUGAAGGCGGAUUUCUGGAUCUUCAUUUACCCAUCUCCUCGCUGUCGUUGAACGGCUGCGAAAUCAUUCCCGGCCAGGGCUUAAUGAAACUCAUGCGGUCUUAUUUCCAUCGGGUCAAAACCCUCAAGCUGCUCAACCUUCACAGCAGAUACGACCUUAUCUUGGCGAAUUGCUUUCAGAGCCUAGGCCAUUUGAUGAUCGAUUGCAACAGCGACUGUUUUCAUCAUCAUCGAGUCGUCAAUCCCGUAUAUUAUCACAAAGACAUUUCACAAAGCUGUUCCGAUAAUGUUUCCCUGGCGGAAACCUUGGUCGAUGCACCAGUGAUACGCAAGCUCACGGUUCCGCCUGCCACUACGCCAAUCGUGCUUGCCAUGAACGAUGGUUAUAUCAAGCGUGUUAAUGACAGCGAUGGCAAGAAACCAGGCAUUCUAUCAGAAGCUCAAGAACAAUAUUUUAAAAAUAUGAGGAUACAUCCUUUCCAUUAUUUCUACCAUUAUUAUAAAACCCUUUGGGAUCGUCUGCCUACCAAAGGCAUCAAAAUAUCCAUUGUUAAUAUUCCAUUUACCAACGUGUUCCCUCUCCAGCCACUGCAUUUUUGGCGACAAUUGGACAUAUACACGGAAGAUGAUCUGCAAACUCUGUGUGGCUCUAAUCAAGCGGAUGAAGGAGACCCGGGCAGUCACUGGUGGGAUAGCGCCGUUUGUCUUUGCUCAAAAAAUACCAAUGCCAGCACUGUAGAAGGCUUCAGCGAUUAUGAGGUGAUGGACCAGCAGCAAUUUUGGAAUAGUUAUCAAAACAUCCAUCUCUUCAAAGACAUACCCAAUGUGAACUUGUGGAUGUUUUUUAAAUCGUUGUCUGAAUUCAAAUCUGUUGAUAUUCGGAUGCUGAAAAAGUGGCAAUGGUGUACCCCGCGAACUCGAUAUGAUUGGGAAAUUCUAUUGAGGCCUUUACUCAACGCAGAAAAAAUGGUGACAGUAAGAGACAAUGACGGUUUCGUCUUAUACAAGUACGGCUCCUAG